AAGGAGAAAAAUAUCAAAAUUGGACCAUAUGCAAAUGUACUUGACAACCCAUUUAAGACGGCAAUGACUUUUGAGUUCCUCCGUGGUGACUUGUAUGGAGAAGAUGACCAGAAGAUUAUUUAUCUUCCAAUAAAGAUUUUGCUGUUUAUGAACUGGUUAAUCUCCAAACUUAACAUUUCUUGUAUGCAUCUCCUUCCUCCUGUCAAGCAACCAUCCAAUCUUUAUGGCAAGUGAAGAAUUCAACUUCUGGGGCGUAGGCCAAUCUCAAUACUACGAGAGUAUAACUGAUGAAGAUGGCAGCGAAAGGGAGUUUGGAGGAAAUUUUGAGCAAGAGUUCGAUGAUUUUUCAGUAGGCUUAUGGAAAACCAAUACAUCAAGAAAUGUUAGAAAUGAAACUUCCCGUCUGCUCCCUGUCAACCAUCCACAUAGUAAUAUAUCGCCAAAACCAGAGUCAAAAGCCAUGGCAGAAGCUAGGAAGGAGCUCAUGGAGAAGAUCAAUGACAUGCCAGAGUCCAGUUAUGAACUGUCUUUAAAGGAUAUUGUAGAUGAGAAAGAACAGCUUGCUCUGCAAAGGGAAAACGAGGAGAAAGAGAAAGCUAUUGAAGGAACUGGCUUCGAUUUGAACACUAGUGAAACUCAAAUCAAGAAACAGUCAAAGAAAAACAUAAAGAAUAUUGCUAAGUCUGAUCGGAUAUCGAGAACUGGUAGUAUGGGAAAAGAAAGUUUCUUGAUCAAGAUGUUCAUCCCCAGCACAUUCAGUUGGAAGAAAAAAACUAGCGAAAAUGAUCCAAAGGCAUUUCGAAAGCCGUCCUUUCAUGUACAGGAGAGUCAUGUAGACGAGGAGUGGGGGAUAAAAAGAUUCUUGUCUGCAGGAGAUCGUAAAAGAAGCAAUACAAGUAGUACCAGUAGAAGCAGCAGCAGCAGCAGCACUAACAGUAGUAGAUGCACCAGCAGCAGCAGCAGCAAGUCAAGCAGGAGCUUCUCUCCAGGUUGCUGGCCUUUCUUCUGCACCAGGAAAAGUAAACACAUGAGAGAUAGAGGUAGAGGAUGCUUCUUCUGAAUGAGCUUAGGAUUGUUUUACAACAGCAUAACGACAAGCUUCGAAUGGAAAACACAAGAAAAUUGACGAGAAAUCUCCAUAGAAAAAUGCCCAUGGCAUCCACCUUUGUUGCUGGUGAUCGAUGCUGAUUGUUUCUCGGCUACUACAGCAGCUAAAAACUUUACAUAAAGCAGCCAAAAACUUACUGAGAAGAUAAACAAAUGACAUGCUCUGUUUUGAAUAUCUGUGAUUCCUGAAUUUGUUUCUUUUCAAA